AUGUCACCCCAACAUCUCCUCUCUCAUCCUUCCCCAAUCCCAUUCCUCCUCCAAACCCGUCUCUCGAAAGCUGGUAGCUGUCGGCGUCGCCAUCUCUCUCCUGGCCGCCGCCCUCAUCGCCGCCGUCGCCACUUUCCUCCUCCACCACCAUCGUACCCACCUCCACCAGCACCACCGCGACUCUUUCUUCAAAAAACAGACCACCCAAGAACCGACAGUCUCCGCCUCUUUCCACCCAACACUGCCACCUCCGAUGCCAUUUCCGACCCACAGCCUCAUCGUAACGUACCGAACAGUUCUGAGUUUCUUUACCUUGGCACGGUGGUGGAUUCCAGAGAAGUGAAUGAAGACAAUGAUCACAAAACCAGCAACUCAAUCAAUGCCUCUGCGUCCUCUGUCUCCGUCUAUCAGAGACUGGGUUCGCCGGAGCUCCACCCACUUCCGCCAUUACCUCGGCAGAAUUAUGGAAAUGCCAAUGUGGCUUCUUUUCAAGAUGACGAAGACAACGAAGAAGAGUUUUUCUCACCUAGAGGGUCUUCUUCGGAUGACAAAAACAGUCCAAAUGUUACUAGAUCCGGCUCUAGGAGAGGGUUUGAAGGUCUGGAAGCUGAUAAUAUUGAAAACAGAAGCUCAAAUUUGUACCCCUAUUCAAAUUGUGUUUCUCCAACUCAUUCUAUGUCUAGUAGUCCUUCUAUGAUAUUGAAUUUGAGUCCCGGAAGCUUCAGAUCGAAGUCGCCAGACUCGGUUGUUAAUUUUCCGGCUCCACCUCGGCCAAUACCGCCACCGCCUCCACGGGAACGGAGGGCUCUGUGGCCGUCUCCUCCGGCUUCACCACCGGAGAGAAAUUCAGGAGAUACCCAGAACUCACCAUCCAGAGUUUCAGAUUUUUCAAUGCAAAAUUUACAAUCGCCUGUGGGAAAGGAGUGUGUUUCCAGGAAAUAUAUGCCGGUAAAGUUGCCCCCACCACCUCCACCGCCUCCACCACCGCGAUUUUGGGAAAUUCCGGUUGUGCCGACACGAAUUGCAGGGCCUCCUGUGCUUGUAACGCCGUCUAGACCGGUCGGGUUUCAAAAUGUAGCAACAAUUUUACCGAUUGGACAAUCACAGAAUUUGGAAGCUGGGGAUAAAAAUGAGGAAACGCCAAAGCCAAAGUUGAAGCCUUUACAUUGGGACAAGGUCAGAGCGAGCUCGGAUCGGGCAAUGGUGUGGGAUCAGCUGAAAUCUAGUUCUUUUCAGUUGAAUGAGGAAAUGAUCGAGACAUUGUUCAUGGUAAAUUCUUCAAAUUUGGCCUCAAAAGAUGGUCCCAGACGUUCGAUUCUACCGUCAAUUGAUCAAGAAAACCGAGUGCUUGAUCCUAAGAAGUCUCAGAACAUUGCAAUUCUGUUGAGAGCUCUUAAUGUGACCAUUGAUGAAGUUUGUGAAGCGCUUUUAGAAGGCAAUGCUGAUACAUUAGGGACAGAGCUUCUUGAAAGUUUAUUAAAGAUGGCUCCUACUAAAGAAGAAGAACAGAAACUGAAGGAGUUCAAAGAUGAGACACCAUUGAAGCUGGGUCCUGCUGAGAAGUUUCUCAAGGCAGUGCUUGAUGUACCUUUUGCAUUUAAGAGGGUGGAUGCAAUGCUUUACAUGGCCAAUUUUGAUUCAGAGGUUGAGUACCUUAAGAGGUCUUUCGAUACACUGGAGGCAGCCUGUGAAGAACUGAGGAACAGCCGAAUGUUCCUAAAGCUUCUAGAAGCUGUGCUCAAAACUGGGAACCGAAUGAAUGUUGGAACCAACCGUGGCGAUGCCCAUGCAUUCAAGCUUGACACGCUCCUAAAGCUUGUAGAUGUUAAAGGCACUGAUGGGAAAACAACUCUCUUGCAUUUUGUGGUGCAGGAAAUUAUCAGAGCAGAAGGUUCUCGUCUUUCCGGUGCCCAUCAGAAUCCAAUGGCCGAAAAAGAUCAGCAAUCUGCUCUCCGGGAUGAUGUUGAAUUCAGGAAGCUUGGUCUUCAAGUUGUUUCUAGCCUGAGUAGGGAGCUCACUAGUGUAAAGAAAGCUGCUGAUAUGGACUCAGAUAUACUUAUCAAUGAGGUAGUAAAACUAUCAAUAGGAAUGGCUAAGAUCGGGGAAGUGAUGAAAUCAAAUGAAGAACUUGAGUUGAGGGAGAGUUGUAGGAGAUUUUCAGAGUCAAUGAAUGGGUUCUUGAAAAAAGCAGAGGCAGAGAUUGUCAAGAUCCAAGGCCAACAGAGCGUUGCACUCUCCACGGUAAAGGAAAUAACAGAGUACUUCCAUGGAAACUCAGCUAAGGAAGAAGCUCGUCCGUUCCGGAUUUUCAUGGUGGUAAGGGACUUCUUGUCUACACUUGAUCAGGUAUGCAAGGAAGUUGGGAAGAUAAACGAGAGAACUAUAGUCAGCUCAGGCCGUCAAUUCCCACUGCCGGUAAAUUCAAACAUACCAGCAGUUUUCCCCGGGUUCACAGCAAGGCAGCAAUGUAGUUCAUCGGAUGAUGAAAGCUCAUCCUCACCAUAGCUCCCGAUUAUUUCAUAUCAGUUCACCUGUUCUACUUUUCUGCUCCGACUUCCUUUUCCAUCACCUUUUUGUACUUGUAUAAAUCCAUGUUGAAGAUUUUGUAAAUGCUUCAUGGUAUAUGUAAUAUACUGGGAAGGUAAUCUAAUUGGGAAAUGAUAUGUUAGUAGUGGAGUCAUCUAUUAUUGGGUGAAAUUAUAUGAAAAAAUAAUAGAGAGGAUCUAGAUCAGUAGUAGUGGUGAAGCGACUGAAACUUGCUUUAGAUCUGCAAGAUUUUGGUAUUUGUUUCAUGGUGCAGUAUGGUUGAAACUUGAUAGAUUUUUGAGGAUGGUGAUGUCCAGUGUUAAGGGGAAGUUCCCAUAAAUUGCUCCCUAUUUACUGGUUGUAAAAGGCUGGAUCUAGAUUUAUUCAGUAUUUUUUUAUAUAAUGUUAUUCAAUAGUAGAUCAUUCAUCGUGUAUGAGUGAGAGGUUUAUAUAUACAUAUUGGGUUCCAUGUGAACACAUGGUAUGUAAUUUAUGUGAAAUUAUGUGAAAAAGUAAUGGAAAG